UGAGUGUGUGUGUGUGUGUGUGUGUCUCCUCCUCUUUAAAUGCCUCCAGCUGAUCCUGAUCCGGAUCCUGACACUUUUCAAUCUUCUCUUCAUUCGGACUCACGACGCCGGAGACGAACAUGAAGAUUCUCCUGCUUCUCUGCUCCGCGUUACUCGCUUCAGCUCAGGGAGUGAAGCAGUGCUCCGCCCCGCCGGAGCAUCCUCACGCGCGCCUGAACGCGCGGUUCGUCGGCCGACGGAGCUUCAGCAGCGGGGAGAAGGUUCACUACAGCUGCGCCGAGGACCGGAGCCCGUCCCGGGGCAGCAGGGCGGCGCAGUGUGUGGAGGGAGCGUGGACCAGGGUCACGCUCAAGUGCGACAAGAGAUCAUGUGGCAACGCCGGGGAUCUGCCCAACGGCCACUUCCUGUAUGAAGGGAAUUCAUUCUUCGGAGAGAGAGUGUAUGCGGUAUGCAACGACGGAUUCGCUGUGAAGGGGCUGAACUACCUGAUCUGCAAGAAGUCCGGAUGGACGGGAGAGUUCCCGACAUGUGGAGAGGGACGGGCCGCCUGCUCCGGCCCUGUGGUCGCCAACUCGGUGAGGAGCGGUGGGAACGUGUCCGUGCACCAGGCGGGAGACAACGUGACGUUCACCUGCGCUCGGGGUUUCCAGCUGGACGGAGCUCGGCAGGUGACCUGUGGCCCCGGCGGCCGGUGGCAGCCCCAGCCGCCUCGCUGUCGACCGUCUGAGGCGUCCACGGACAACGAACCGACAGGCGGAUGCGACGCGCCGCCCACCGUCCGCAGCUCCAACGCCCACCUCGCCGCCAAGUACGUCACCGUGGCGCGCUUUGCUUCCGGCGCCCGGGUCCAGUACGCGUGUGACGUCGGACACGCGCAGGCGGGAGGCAGCAGAUACCGCACGUGCAAGAGCGGGAGGUGGACGCCGCUGCUGCUCAAGUGUGAACUGAAGGCGUGCGGCUCUGCAGGAGAGAUCCUCCACGGACACUUCACGUACACCGGAGUCGACUUCGGAGACACUGCUGCAGCCGUCUGCGACGAGGGGUAUAUUCUCGUGGGACGGGCGACCAGACGCUGCAUGAGCGGCGGCUGGGACGGACGCGUUCCCGUGUGCGAGGCUGUGGUUUGUGACGAGCCUCCUCCUCCUCCUCCCCCGGCGGCGGGGACGGGCGCCGAGGCCGAGAGGGAAGAGUUCCAGGAGCCGCCGUUCGCCUACCGGAGUGUGGUCCGCUACCGGUGUCGCGAGGGGACGCUCGUGGGGCCGAGGGAGGUCUGGUGCACCGCGGGCGGGACGUGGAGCGCCCCGCCGCCUCAGUGCAAAGAGGUGACGUGUCCGUCUCCGAACGUGCCCAGGGCGUUCUGGACCGGGGCGCAGAACCGGCUGCAUCGGUACCGGGACACCAUAUCGAUGGGCUGCGAGGCGGGCUUCGCCCUGAUUGGCCCGAGCGCCGUCACCUGCGGUCGCGACGGCCGCUGGUCCCCCGGCCUCCCCACGUGUGGACGCGCGCCUCGUAGCAAGUACUGGAGGCGCCAGUGAACCGUCGGAGGAGGAAAACGUCCAGUCUCUCAAAAAGAAAAGCGCCAAUAAUGAUAAUAAUAAUUUACCUAUUAUAUAUUAUUUGCUCAUAAAACUGAAUAUAAAGACAUUAAAAUAUGUUUGUAAUGAA